AUGAUUUUCAAUAAUCGAGAGAUUAAUGCCAAAAAGCCGAUAAUUCCUUUACAAACUGAAAAUGGAUAUACUAAAAACAGAAAGGGUCGAAUUACAAACGGAUAUAUUGCGGAAACAGGAUCUAGAUUUCUUCCAUUCUAUACAUUAUUAUAUGUACGAAGAAAUGUGGCAUCGUAUAGCAUGUGUGCUGGAUCGAUUAUUGGUGAAAAGUUCAUUUUAAGUGCAGGUCAUUGCUUUGAAAAUUGUAUCGAGGUGUUUAUUUUGGCGGGUUUUAACAGCAGUCAGAUUGAUUCGUUCACAUUUUUUGAUCAAGUGCCAUCGAGUAGUGUAAUUAUGCAUCCGACAUAUAAUUCAACAACAAUAGCAAAUGAUAUAGCAUUGAUUCAACUGUCAAGAAGUAUCACAUACGGAUUAUUGCUUCAAAGAAUCAAACUUCCAUCUUUAAUGUCAAAUUUUCUUAAUAAAACCGGUGUCGUUUCCGGUUUUGGCACUUACUCUGAUAUUAAUCCAAUUACGUCAAAUCUUCUCAGAUACACAUUUGUAACUGUAAUGAAUGGAACAAUGUGUCAAAUAUCUUAUGGAUCAUCAUUCUUUAGAACUGAACAGCAAUUGUGUGUUGAUACAAAGGGAGGUCACUCAUCUUGCUCAGGAGAUUCUGGUGGUCCAUUGGGAAUAUUUGAAAACAGCGAACUCACUUUAGCUGGAAUUGUAAGUUAUGGUAGUGAUAAAGGUUGUGAACUAGGGAAUCCAGAAGUUUAUACAAAAGUUAGUUCAUACCUUCCGUGGAUACAAAAUAAUACAAACAUUUAA